AUGUUUCACACGAUUCUAAUUAUAUUUCCUUGUAGAAAUUGCUCUACGGAUUUAGCAGUUCUCACUAUAGAUGCCUCCAAAAAAUUUCUAAAAUCUUCUAGAAACAAUCAGUCGGAAUAUUUCGAUACUCUAUUAGAUGAGCUUGCUCAUAAAAUACCAGUCAAGAGGGAAUGUUUAAUUUCAAAUAAGAAGUUCCAUUAUUUCGACGAAUUUGGUCAAAUCGCCAUUUCAAUUCGUAUAGAUUUGCCAACUAAUGAAACUGAAAAUACAGUUCCGGGAGUAUUUUCAAAUUCAAAUAAUAUGAUUCUUUACAAAGGAAUCACCAUUUUCCACACCGGUGUGACAAAUGAUUUAAACUUGAUUUUUGGCUUUCAACCACAAGGUCCAUGGGAUAAAUUCAAAUUACAAAUAAUUGCUACUUUGAAAGACGUGCUGCCCAGAUUUGAUGAAUCUGAUGAAUCCUGUGAAUCUGAUGUGUCUGAAAUUGAUGAGAAAUUAGAUUUCUUUAUGGCAUCUUGGAAGAUACAAACAAUUAAAAAUGAAUCUGGAAGAUAUGCACGUUCGCGAACUAAUUCACGAGUUGAUCUUAUAAAAUUGCACAAUUCUCAAACAACCACUUUGGAUUUUAUAAAGAAACUUAAUGAAAUGAUGAAAGAGAAAUAUAAAAUAUAUGGAAUAACUAGAAAUGAGACUGAACAAUACAUGAUUGUCCUUGAUUAUUAUUUUAACAAAAGAGAUAUUAAAAAAUAUGGAGAGU